AUGUCACAGGAUGAGGCGAAAGCCUUGUACGUCGAAACGAUCCUCGGGCUUGUGAGUUUUUGAUCCUUUAACCUCACGGUUAUUUUCUCAGCAUGAAUUGGAAAAAAAAACGGAUUUCUGAGGUUAUUUUCGUGGACUUUUUCAGUGUGACAGAGCGGAAGAAGAGCAUGACAUUAUGGAUUUUUUAAGCAACCCGAAAUUUGUCAACGACCCUCAUUAUAUUGAGUUACUCAAACAACAAGACGUUUUCCGGGAUGUGAGGCAAACCUCAAAAAACUUCUGAUGGUUUCAUUCAGAAGUUCGCUUUGCUCGGCCGCACACACACCAAAGGACACAAAGGCGAGAUGGUGGUCAUUAACGGAGUCAGCGUCGCUUUGUAA